AUGGACUGCCCAAGAGAUUAUUUCGACAAAGGUGUGGUCCUUGAUGGUCGCUUUGAGACAGUUUCACCCUUAAACCAUGGAUCCUUCGGUAUGGUAUUUAUGGCCAAAGAUUUGCAGACAGAUGAAAUCGUUGCGAUCAAAUGUCUUACCAAGAAAUCAGCGGUAUCUGAAGAAGAGUACUCAUACGCCGUUGACGAGCGUUCUGAAGAACUGGAGUGCCACUCACGUCUUGGAUGUCAUCCAAACAUUGUCAACCUGAUACAUUCCUUCGAAACUGUCUCUCAUAUUUUCAUAGUAUUAGAAUUCUGCUCACACGGCGAUUUGUAUGAAGCCAUUAGAAACGGUACCGGCCCCUCACAAACGGAGCAUGUGCGUCUUCUUAUGCUACAACUAGUUGAUGCAGUUGCAUAUAUCCACAAAAAAGGCUUGUAUCAUCGCGAUAUAAAGCCGGAAAAUAUAUUUCUCACUCAAUCUAGACAGCUCAAGCUUGGCGACUUUGGUCUGGCAACUCGAGAAAAAUGGACAUAUGAGACGAAUGUGGGUAGUGAUAGAUACAUGGCUCCUGAGCAAUAUGAUUCUGCAGGUGCAGGCUACGCACCUGAAAAAGCGGAUUUAUGGGCAAUUGGAAUCUGCCUAUUAAAUAUCCUCUUCUCUCGAAAUCCAUUCGCUGUACCCACUGAAUCUGAUCCAUUGUUUUUAGAUUAUUCUCGUGAUAGACAGUCUCUAUUCGACGUAUUCCCUAGUAUGACUCAAGACACAUUUGAAGUAAUCACUCAGUGUAUGAGCCUGGAUCCUCAAAAGAGAUCAUUACGAGGUGUGCGGGAGGCUAUCGAACGCCUGGUCAGCUUUACUACUAUCGAUGAAUCCUACGACGAAUUCCCACUUGUCGAAAGAAACAUUAUUUCCUGUGCCAAUCGUCUUCCUCUCCGGACCCCGUCUAUCCAGAGUCCAGAAAUCGAAAGUGGUGGCUUCCAAUGGGCUAAAGCCUUGCAGGGAUCUCUUCCAAUGCAAUAUGGUUACCCUUUUGACGUCUCAGACGAGGAUAGCCUCUCAGAAGAUCUAUUUCCUGGAUCCGAAGAAAGUUCUCGAGAUUGGUUUUCUAUGGGACAGCAAACACCAUCGGCUCAAUCAACGAUUGACUCCUCUUUUGGGACCUCGAUCAAUUCACUUUCUAUACGGCGUGAGAGAAUAUCGACCCAACACAAAAUCUCGCCAGAAAAUUGCCCUUUAUCGCUACCCAUUGAUAUGCUCAAGCUUUCACCCCCUGGUAGCAAUCUCAACAGCUCUAAGGUUAUGUCCAAAAGCUGGAACGACUUGUGGGAAGAAGAGGAGGAAGAGGAGGCUGCAAGGAAAAUUAAACUGCGACAAAUCCAGAACUCGCGAACAUGGAGUCAUGAGAGUGAACUUGAAGUUCGCUCACCACAGAAGCACUGCCCUGUAGAUCAGCUCAGAAUUAGAGAUCCUUCAAAAAGUGAUGCAUUUCUUGAGGAGAAAAGAACGGAUAUCGACGGAGAUUCGAUUGCCGACGGUUUCUUUUUUCAGGAUAUUCCUAGCGAUUACACGGCCCCACAAUUAUCUCCUCGAUAUUCACCUCCGUACAAACGUAACGACUCAGACAAGUGGCUAGCCCUUGGAGAACGUCGUCGGGCCCAUCCCGGAUCACAAGAAUCUGGAAAUGGGUUCGAGUUGUCAAAGAAGUAUAUUCCUAAAGCUAUAAAUGGGAUAAAUGUCCCUGCUGGAGCAAGAACACUUGACUGGAAUCAUAAAACGAACUUCAUCAAAGAAUUUGUACAAAAGAAUCGGCCAAAAGCUAUCCUCCGAAAAAUGGAUAGGGUACGGGAUCACAUUCACGACGGAGCAAGAUUUCGCGGGAAUUCCCAGGAAUUGGAGUGGGUUGGAGGAUGGACCGACCUCCACUUGUAG